ACUCAGCAGCCUAAUAUCCGAAAAUGUUUCUUCGGUGCUCUCUCGUUCUCAUCGGCCUAACCGCCCUUGUUUCAGCACAAUACGAUUCCCCUUGCGGAAGUGCUAAAAGCUGCAUCUCGCUUUGUCCUAAUAGUGACUUCUUCCCAAUGAUCGACUCAUGCGACAUUGACAGCGACGGAACGCCUGACUGCUAUGUCAACUUUUAUUGUGCUUAGGACUAGCAGUCGCCUAAUGUACAAAUAAUUUAAAUCUGGUAUCCCAUUCCCUUGAUCUAGACUUUCCUCAGCAUAAAC